CAAUUAAUUGCUUUUGCUUUUAGCUUCAAAAUUAGUAUGCGUAUUGCUAGGAGUAAUGUUUAUAAACUUUCGGUACCUGCAAAAAGUGCGUGGAUUCCGUGCUCUAAUCAUGGGUCCGCCAGGCAGCGGUAAGGGCUACGUAUCCGACAAGAUUGUGCAAACUUAUGGCGCUGUGCACAUCUGUGCGGGCGAUAUAUUGCGCAAGCAUAUACACAAUCGCACAGUACUGGGUAAGAAGGCAUCCGAGCUAAUUAGCCAGGGCCUUCUGCUGCCCGACCAUUUGUUGGCCGGCGUAAUUUCGACGGCCGUGUACAACGUGAGCAAUCGGAACUUUAUCCUCGACGGAUAUCCGCGCACUCUGGCACAGGCUAAACACUUGGAGAGUCUUCUGAAGCUGGAUGUGGUCUUCAAUCUGGAUAUACCUGUGGAAGCCAUAAUUGACGUGCUCAGGCAUCGCCAAAUACAUGUACCCUCUGGCCGCGUAUACAAUGAGGGGGACAGGGCGCCGCUCGUGCCCGGGCGCGACGACCUCACGGGCGAGCCCUUGGAACGGCGCCCCGACGACCGACCGAAGGUUGUGCUGGCUCGUUUGGCCGCCUUCGAUGGCCAAACGAAUCCGGUAAUUCGAUUUUACAGGAAGAAACACAUUUUACACACCAUCACUGGGCGAAGCCACGGGAGCUUGUGGCCGUUGGUUGAGAAGUUUCUGAAGAGGCGCUGGAAAGCGUUUCCGCCGCGUACCGUCAGGCCGCCGAGGGAGUUAAACUUGAUCAAGCUAUGCUAAGUCGAAAUUGACGGUAUUAAUUUUGGAUAUUAUAGGGACAUUUGUAUACAUUUUAUUAUGUGUUAGGCUUUAAGGGAUCACUUCUUAAAUAUUCUGACAAUUGAGCUGUGAAACCAAUAUAGGAUCUCAUUUUAAAAGUUUUAAUAAAGGAUUAAUGAAAUAAA